GCUCAUUCUAAACACUGACUGUCACUGCGCGACAUGAUGUCUGGACUCAUGGGCCUCUUUGGCGCACGCCGCGAUCCCAAGCAGAGCGCACGAGAUGCCAUCGUUGGCCUCCGUCAGCAUCUCCAGAUGAUAGAGAAGAAGGAGGAGUUCCUCCAGAAGAAGAUCGAGGAGGAGCUCAAGAAGGCGAAAGCGAAUGCCGUCUCCAACAAGCCAGUGGCGACCGCUGCGCUCAAGCGCAAGCAGAUGGCGCAAUCCGAGCUUGACCGCCUCGGCCAGACACGCUUGCAGCUCGAGAUGCAGGUCAACACGCUCGAGAACGCUAACCUCAACGCGGAGACGAUGCAGGCAAUGAAGCAGGCUACGAAAGCCCUCAAAGAUAUACACGGCAACCUCUCAAUCGACAAGGUCGACGCGACGAUGGCCGAAAUCAACGAGCAGCGCGAACUUGCGAACGAGGUCGCGGACGCGAUAUCCAAUACUGCCAACCUUGGCCUCGAUAUCGACGAGGACGAGCUGGCCGCGGAGCUGGGCGAACUCGAGCAGGAGCAACUGGACGAGCGCUUGGUCGGUGCAGAGCACGUUCCGCUGCACCUACCGCCAGGCGCAGCAAAGGCGCAGGAGCCGGCGAAGGCAGCAGUGGAAGACGACGAGGAGGCGCAGCUCAGGGAAUUGCAGGCAUCAAUGGCGAUAUGACCUCCGCUCUCCGUGCAGGGGGCGUUGCCGUCUCGUGCGCUCCGGGCCUUUGGUAGCCGGGUCAGACGGAUUGCUGCGGUAGAUGCGCCCCUCUGUCGAGUGCGGUCCCCUCGUCCCUUCUAAGCAUCGUCUCGCACCUUUUGAGCGCCGUCUGCUCUCCGGGAUGCCAACCAUCCUUCCAGCACCGCUCGCCUCGCCUCUGCUGUUAUAUUAUCCUUCUCUUCUUCCUCUCUUCAUUGUACCCUUCAUCUGCAUCUUUGCGCUAUCCUCGCCCUCACAUUGGGCUUCGCUCAUCCUGACAUCGGGUCCGUCUCGCCUCUGCGGCAUGUUGUCUUGUUUGAAUAAUUAUUUACACGUAUCCAGGACCAAUAAAUGUAUCAUCAGGCUA